CGUCAUCGCCGAGCUCCUCCCCCUCCCUCGUGUCAUAACAUGGCCGUCUUUGACAAGGAUAAACUUGGUGAUGACAUUACCUGUGCUGCCUGAGCUCAACGUGUGUAUCUGUAUUUUCUGAGAGUGUCGACGCCAUGCCGCGGUACGAGCUGGCCCUGAUCGUGAAGGCCAUGCAGCGGCCGGAGACGGCGGCGGCGCUGCGGCGGACGGUGGUCGCCCUGAUGGAGCGGGGCGCCGUGGUGCGAGAGCUGGAGAACCUGGGGGAGCGGCUGCUGCCCUACAAGAUAUCCAAACACAACCAGAGGCACAACCGCGGGGCUUACUUUCUGAUCGACUUCCACGCGGCUCCCGGCAUCGUCCCGGGCUUGCUGGACCACUUAGACCGAGAUGUGGACGUGGUGAGGCCGACUCUCCUGAAGAAGGACACGGCGGCUCCCAGGCGGACGUGCUGCGGCCCGGCUCCUGCCCCCAGCCCCUAGGACCUGCAUGUGUCACAGGAUUCACUGGAAUUUGGAUCCAGAGCACACACCACGCAACACGUUCCCCCUCCGUGCUUGUUCAUAUUUCUUGGUCUGCAUUUGGACGUCGUCAUGUUAAUAAACCACUCUUUUGUACUGUA